AUGUCUGCAGUUACAAGCAUAGAACUAUUCAGUACCAACAUUCCCAUCUCCGAACUACCUACUCCUACCCUCCCCAACAGUCCCGGCCCCAGUGACUUCGUCAUAUCAAACUGCUCCCCCUUUGGUUCAUGGAGCUUGCGUCCUGCGGACGUUGCACCACCCUACUGCGCCUAUAACCACAACGAAACCAUUCCCAAUCUAUCGUCAUGCUGCAAGGAAGGUGCUGAGGUCUAUGUUUAUGGGGAUUGUGUACAGUACUGCGAGGUAGCAGAAGAAGACCAGGAAGCUUGGAAAGAGUGUGUCAUCGACGUCUUUCCCGAGUCUGACGUCGAAGGUCACGGCUUUCCUUGUUACUUUGGUGAAGAGAAUGAUUUUCGUAAUCAGGGUACCAGCAGUGGCACCCCAACGCCGACAGAAAGUGCGGCGGAGCAGAGCGAAUCUGCGAGCCCUGAUGACGACGAAGGUGCAGCGAAUAUGGACCGACCACCUUUGACGCUUGUAUGGUGGAUGGUGGCUUUCCUUGCUGUAGGUGCAGGCUUCAUGGCUUAA